CUGUUGGAGGAAGUGAAUCUCAUACUGUCACUCUGAUCUUUCUUCAUUCUGCAUUCACUUCACUCAGAGGCACCAAUGAGGAGCUUUUAAACAGUGACUGUAUGUGUUUGUUUCUUGAUGUGUGAUUCUGAAAGGAGCUAAAACUCACUCAGUGGGUUGAAGGGCUACGGUGGCUGAUUCUCAACUGUGCUGCUCUGAUCAUUACAGACGUCCUAAAAGAGAAAGUGGAGUUUGGACUAAAGGAGCCGUUACAGAGAAACAGCACAGCAGCAGUUGGAGGAAAUGGCUGCUAGAAACCCUCUUUCAGAAGAAGACUUUUCGUGUCCUGUGUGCUGUGAAAUCUUCAGGGAUCCUGUUAUUCUGUCGUGCAGCCACAGUGUGUGUAAAACCUGUGUGCAGCAGUUCUGGGAAACUAAGGGGUCUCAAGAAUGUCCAGUCUGUAGAAGAAGAUCCUCUAAAGAAGAACCUCCCUUUAACCUUGCACUGAGGAACCUCUGUGAGUCUUUUCUAGAGAGCAGGAGUCAGAGAUCUUCAGCAGGGUCUGAGGUGCUCUGCAUUCUGCACAAUGAGAAACUCAAACUCUUCUGUCUGGAUGAUCAGCAGCCUGUGUGUGUGGUGUGUCAGACUUCAAAGAAACACAAAAAUCAUGAAUUUUCCCCAAUAGAUGAAGCUCUGACUGACUUUAAGAAUAAACUCAAGUCUGCUUUGGAGCCUCUACAGAAGAAUCUGAAAGUCUUAGAGGAAGCUAAACAAGACUAUGACCAAACAGCAGCUCACAUUAAGACGCAGGCCCAGCACACAGAGAGGCAGAUAAAGGAGGAGUUUGAGAAGCUUCACCAGUUUCUAAGAGAUGAAGAAGCAGCAAAAAUAGCUGCACUGAAGGAGGAGGAGGAGCAGAAGAGUCAGAUGAUGAGGAGGAAGAUUGAGGAGAUGAAUGGAGAAAUAUCAUCUCUUUCAGACACAAUCAGAAACAUAGAGAAGGAAAUGGAAGCUGAUGAUGUUCUGUUCUUACAGAACUUCAAGUCUACAGAGAAACAAGCUCAGCUCAAACCAAAGGAUCCAGAGAAGACAUCAGGAGCUCUGAUCAAUGUAGUGAAACACCUUUCCAACCUGCAGUUCAGAGUGUGGGAGAACAUGCAGGAGAUUCUCCAGUACACCCCUGUUACUCUGGACCCCAACACUGCACAUCCAGACCUCCACCUGUCUGAUGAUCUCACUGCUGUAGAAUACAGGAACCAGAGAUCAUCACUUCCUGAUAAUCCAGAGAGAUUUGAUGUGUAUGCUUGUGUUCUGGGUUCUGAGGGUUUUAACUCAGGGACACACUGCUGGGACGUCCAGGUUGGAGACUGUGGUUCCUGGUCUCUGGGUGUGAUAACAGAGUCUGGAACAAGAAAAGGAAACACUUUCUGGAAUUCAGUGUGGAGUCUGGAAAGUGAUGAUCAAUACUAUAUUCGCCGCCCUGGACAGUCAGAUCUCUCCCUUAGACCUAAAGCGAAGCUGCAGAGGGUCAGAGUGCAGCUGGACUGGGACAGGGGAAAAAUAACCUUCACUGAUCUUCUAACCAACACACACCUGCACACUGUAAAACACACUUUCACUGAGAGAGUUUUACCGUUUUUAUAUAAUUCUUCUGGUGAUCCUCUGAGGAUCUUACCAGUGAAGACGUCAGUAACAGUGGAACAGCACAGUUAAAGUUGAUGCUGCUUAGAAUGAACAUUUAUACAGGUAGUGAGUGUCUGAAUUAUGAUCAUAAGAGUAUGUCAUUACAUGUAUAUUUUAAAUAAUGUGUUUGUACCAUUCUAUCCUAACAUGUAUGUUACUCCUGAUAUCAUUACAUUAGAAACGUUAUUUUUAUUGUUAUUAUUAUUUUCAGUGUAGAUUUUAUUUCUCUAUCAUCCUUCAUUUUUCUCCAUCAUUAGAUCUUUAAAACUCUGCUUUGUUUCUGAAUCAGAUACUAUGUCAUUUUAAGUUGAACUGACCUCUCAUUUUUUACAGCGUAAUUACUGGCAGAAGGUGAACAGAUCAGUAACAUGGUGUAUUGACAAUGACCUCCAUCUCAAUACAUCAAAAACAGUGGAGAUCAGUGUGGAUUUUAGAAGAAACAUAAUAAAAAAACUAAAAAAAAGUUUUGGGACAAUCAAUAUCUGUCGUAAAGUCUUUCAAAUUUCUGGAAACUUACUUUAGCAAUUUAUUGAAGUAGAGCAUUAAUUCUCAUUAAAAAAUCUCAACAAAGGUGUUUAUUUGAGAUAAUUAAAAAAUGUGAAGUCAGAAGCAAUCCAUUGGUUAAAUUUUAUUCAUCCAUUAUUAAGAGUUUUGUCACGUCAUCUAUUACAGUGUGGUAUGGAAAUGCAAAUAUCCAGACCUGUAAUAAAAUGCAAGGCAUUGUGAGUAAAGCUUCAAAGAUAAUUGGAAUUUCAUUUCCUUUAGAUGAUUGUUUACAUUCAGCACACCCUGAAGUG